AUGAGCGAGGUCUCUACAAAUUUCUUGGACUAUGUCGACUACACCAAGCCGUCGUUCCUGCACGCGCUGGUGUGCAUCGUGAUCGCCCCGAUCAUUUGGAACACCAUCGCUCGGCUCGAGUUCUACACGCGCUUCCUCACUAAGAUCACCACCUCGCCCUACGUCGGGUGCUACCUGCUGGCCCUCUGGAUCUUUUCCUUCUCGCUCUACCGCGAUUUCCUCUUCGGCAAGGCCCUUGAUGAGCAGGCCACGCACCCCGAGCUUCAGAGCGACCUGAUCAGGGGCGUCGCUGCUGUUUUGUUCGUCUCCGGAACCACCUUUGUGCUCUCGUCCAUGUGGGCGCUGGGCGUGACUGGCACGUACCUCGGCGACUACUUCGGCAUUCUCAUGGACAAGAUGGUGACCGGCUUCCCCUUCAACAUCCUGGACAACCCCAUGUACAUCGGCUCCACCAUGUGCUUCCUCGCCCACUCGCUCUGGAGGGCGAGCCCCGCUGGUCUCGUCUUGACCGUCGUCGUGUACGCCGUCUACCGCGUCGCCCUUCUCUUCGAAGAGCCGUUCACUGCCUACAUCUAUGCCCAGAGGGAACAGAAGCGCAAGUCGGGCAAGGCCGCUGCCGCCCCCAAGGCCCAGAAGGCCAAGCCCAAGCCCAAGAACAAGAACAAGAGCAAGAAGAACUAA